AUGGCUGAACAGGACGAGGUUGCGACAAAGGUCCUGCGAAGGGCCCAGGUCUCAAAGAUGACCCGGACGCUGCAGAACCGCCUUGCUCUGGCCAACGUCAAGAUGAAGAAUGGCUGGGAGAGCCUCAGCCUCGACGCCAUUGAGCCUGUCCUCGACGGCGCCGAGCGCAAGCGGAAGCGCCCUGGCUCCAGCAACGAAGCCAUGUCGGAUGUAUCGAGCGUCUCGGAGCGCUUCUACCAGCCCAGCAUCCUCGACUCGUCCCCGCUCCAGGCCCCCAUCUUCUCCGACCAUGCUCGCCGCUCCGAGAGCCGCUCAGGGAGCAGCUACAGCCAGACCAAGCGGGUCCGUUACAGCCGUCCCAGCAAGUACCCGGCAUCGAGCAACCACGCCCGCGUCAAGGUACGCACAUCGUCCGGCACCGCCACAUCGUGGAAGAACAGCUUCCAGCUGCCCGAAUCCUCGCCCGUCUACCAUCGCCGACAUGCCCGUUACAGCCGCCAGCAUGUCCCGAGCCUGUCGUUUGUCUCGGAGACGUCGACGAUUGCAGACCCCCAUUCCCCCUUGCUGUCCGAAGACGACGACGAAGAUCUGCCCAUUACCUCGUUCUCGCUGAACCGCUCCCACUUCCGCUCCUCGCCCCCGAGAGCACCACGCACACCGCCCCCGGAUGUCGCCCGUUCAGCACGUCUACGACAGCGUGGCUUCAAUGCUGCCGGCGCAGCUCGUGAAGGAAGACAGGGGGGUGGCGACGCAGACCUGCUCAUGUACCUGGCUACAUCGCCAACACCGGUCCGGCCCGGUCACCAGAAGCCGCAGAUGCUCGCACCAUCGACUCCCCCGUCCAAAUCCACCCCGCUUCCUUCGUCGAUGAUGUCGACGCCGGGCGGCGGAGUGUCCCAUUACACGGGCUUUGGCCUGGCGACGCCCUCGACAAACCUCAACUUUGCCGAGUUCCUCAACAUGACGCCGAGCCCUGCGCAAGCCAACGCAUCAUGGAACCGGACCCCGGUUGCAACCCGGACCCCGGUUGCAACCCGGACCCCGGCUGCCGUCCGAGAAGCACGAAGACACCUCAACUUUGACAACAUAGUCCCUCCCACUGGUGAUAACUCGCAUAUGCGUGCUCGUGUCGGAAAAUUGGACGGCAUUGGCCUGGAACUCGGCGGUGAACUCAUUUCGUGA